GCCGAGGUUCGCAAUACCUUAGCCUCCUAACCUACCUGCCUACAUAAGUUACAGCGCUGAGCGCUCGGACCAUUCAAGCAAGUCAUAAGCCCCUGACGCCUUACCAACCAACCAAGCCUCCCUCGACGUCACCCAAACUUACAGCUUCGCACCCUUACCCAACCAACCUUUUCCCACCAUCGUGACGAUCAUGGUCAAGUGAACAAACAGCACUGCAUUCCAACUCGAGCAUCCGAAACGAAGAAACAAACAGCGAAAAAAAAAUAACAUCAAUCUCGCUCCAGUCAAUGAGAAACUCAGCGUAGAUAGCGCCGGCGCGCCGUCGUCUUUCCACGGCUAUAAUUACAUACAACUUACCUCCUAACUUCCCACUUUCGUUAUAACAUAUCCAAUCCCCCCUCGCGUCCCCCCCCAAAAGUCCGAACGUGAGAUCGCACAACGUACAACAACAACAACAGCAACAACACCACCACCCACGAUGCCCAACCAACAGCCCUCCUCCCCCACGCCCUCCCUCCUCCUCACAAAGCGCCUAACCGCCUUCCUCAGCGCCAACCUCGGCCCCCAGGUCCACACCGCGGUGCUAACGACUCUCUCCGGCAAGCUCCUCGCGCACGCGUCGCCCCACCCCGUCGGCACCCUGCGCACGCAAUGCACCGUCGCCGCCUCCGUAUGGGCGCUAUACUCGACGCCCGAGACCGUUGCCGAGGCCCUGCCCCAAUCCCAGUCUUCUCAGUCCACAUCAUGCCCUUCUUCUCCUUCUUCGCUGACGCCCAGCGCCGUGACGAUACAGCUCGUGGCCGGCGUCAUGGUUAUCCGACGGCUGCGCUGCGGCCUGCUGUUCGUGUGUAUUGGUCCGAGUGCGGGUGCGGGUGUCGAGGGGGCGGGAGGAGGCGAUUACGUCACGCAUACCCCGGCGCGAACGGUGCCCUCCGCACAACAGCAACAGCAGCAGCAGCAGCAGCAGGCGAAUUCAAACGAGCCCCAUCCUGCGACGCCGCUUGGAUCGCCGUCGGAGGUUGAAAGCGUGGUUAGUGCCGGAGCUGCGACGACGGCUAGCGUUGCGACUACGACUAGCGUUGCGGCUACUGCUGUGGUUGCGACGCGGCGGCAGGCGGAGGAGCUGGCGCGCUGGCUGGAUGAUAAGCUAGGCUCGUUGGGGACUCUUGAGGAGGGAUUAGGAGUCGAGACGAGAUAAGGAGGUGCGGUUUUAAUGAACAGUUAUUCUACGAAAUUUAGGUCCGGGCCCUUGGAAUUAGGGACUACGGAUCUUCGUGUUACGAAUUGGCCAUAAAGAUCCAACGCACUCCGUGGCAAGGAGAUGCGUAUGGGCUGGAGGGGGCUACGUGAUUAUUAAAACUCGUCCGAGGGGCGGUCUUCAGAGUUUGAGGUGGUAAUGAUAUAAGGCUCGGGUACAGAUGAAAGCUUUGCGAUAGUCGUUUAGCUCCCUCGUGUAAAGUCGAGGGCUCUGGAUCUUGGCGGGGUACGCCGCGUCUUAUAUGUAAGGCAAGGAAGGGCAUGGCGAAGGGCAUGGCGGGCAUGGCGGGCAUAGGCAGCUGGAGAAGAUCGAGGCAUGGUAAUUAAAAUCGUCGACCUUGCACGGCUUAAAGCAGGACAGACGUUCAGCCUGGGUGUGCUGUCCGAGGGGGUCCUGUUUAUUAGAUGUUGUUUCUCAGGAAUAAAAGAUACCAAUGUUGUAGGGAUAUUAGGCUAAUGGAGGUGUUGACGAUUCUCUAAGAUGAGAAGAGAUAUAUCCUUGGAGGGGGCAGAGUGACGAAGUCUGUCUAUAAUUGUUGACUCAUUAAACGAUAUAAUAAC